CUAAAAAGACGAAUAUAGGCAGACGGAUGCGUACCUAUGUAUCCCUAAAGGGUCAUCAUCAAAAUAUAAACAAUUUUAUCACUGGGCUGCAUUUGAGUGUAACUUUGAGGCUUCUGCCUAUAAUUUAUAUUUAAUUGUUUGAUAAUAUUCUUUCAUUUCAUCUGAAUAUGGGUAGCAGGCAGUCUAUCUGGUUUCAACCAGAUUUGGCUGAACCAGAGCAGCCGUUUGUAUCUAACUUCGACCCAAUGUUAGGAUUUCCGAAUGGAAGGAAAGUUAGAACUGUGAAAACUACCGUAGAAGAAAUGGAAUCUGCUCAAAUACCUCCAGACUUGCGAGAUUACUGCAUAGAUUACUAUAUGAAAUAUCUGGAAUGCAGACAGAAAGUUUUUCCAUGGAAUUACAAAUGCGCUCAUGAGAUUCAUGACUAUCAUAAUUGCCAAUUUCAAGACCAUGAAUUACGAAUGAAAGAAUAUGAACGUGAAAGAAGACUACAAGAGAAGCUUGCUAAACAAGAAGCUGAAGAUUAGAUAAAAAUUAUUUUGUACAAAAACUUUCUGUGUAGCAUUAAACUUUUACUAUUUAGAAAUUAAAUUGUGUUGUUGAACUAUUUAA